GUUUUUUCCAUCAGCAGGAAUCAAUACAUCAAUCAAUGCUCAUGAAAAAAACAGUUUAAGGGCAAUGAGUGGUUGCUGUGGUAGUCACAUGCUCAUUUUGUUGAUGUCCUUACAUAACUUUCUUGUCCUUUAAUUACCUAAUUUUACGUAUUUCUUAAUAUAAAUACAUCAACUGUCCCAAACAGUGUUAAUGAUAUCAGCAUAUCACUGUUACCUUGGUAGUAAUUGUAAGUCUGUGAACAGUUGUGGAAUUCAAUGUGCCUAGAGGUAUUAUGUAAUGUCGGGACUGCUGAAUAGAGAGCCAGUUACUGAUGGCCAACCUUUUCUGUUGCUGUUCAUGUUGCGUAUAUAUUCAUAGAAACAGUGCACACUGAGUUAUAACUGUGGGUAUUUGUCUCUGCCUGUCUGUUGCGUGUAUUGUGGCUGCAGCAUGAGUUUAUGUCGAGUUGUGUUAGUGUAGAGCUGAGUUGCCGGGGCUGUGUCACACAGGGAGUCACCACGAGAGGGAGGGACUUAGGCAGCAGGACAAUGCUGGUGUUUGUGCAACGGCCCCUGAGUGGCGGCUGGCUCUCUCAGAUCGCUCUCGCUUGACUACCAUUGCUGCACACAUUGUUGAAGUGAAAGGAAAGUGGACAGCUUGAUCCUGUCUGUGGGAUGCACCGACUGAGCCCUUUGUUAAAUGCUGGAUUCCAAUUGUGGUGAAAGAAUACCGACUGUAUGAGAGAGACUGGGUUUUGAUGUGAGGUACAACAAAGCAGAAAGGCUGGCCAGAAGACACAAAUUCAACAUUAGUGGUUUUGGCCACAACAGAAAAAAAAGGGCGUCCACCCCUGCCGUACCAGGGCAAAGAAGAAGAAGAAGGCGGUCCAUUGCUGCCACAUUAGAAGAAUCAGUGGGCGGCAUUUGUGGCGUGGGUGGGCAGGUGAGGGUUGAGCUGCGGUGACAACUUUGGCCUGCGUGCUGAAGUGUGGGAGGGAAGAGGAAGAGGAAAAAGGAAGACAAAGAGGAGGGGUUGGUGGUGGAGGAGGAGGAGGACGAGGAGGAGGAGGAGGAGAGGAGAGGAGUAGUAGGCCUGGGCCUGGAGCCCAAACACAAGCAGGAUGUCGGAGAAGAAAGUUAGCAGCCUCCCUGCUAAGCUGAUUAAUGGGGGCGUGGCAGGCCUGGUUGGUGUGACAUGUGUAUUUCCUAUUGACCUGGCCAAGACCCGCCUACAGAACCAGCAGGGCGUCCAAGUCUACAAAGGAAUGCUGGAUUGCCUUGCCAAGACGAUACGCUCGGAAGGCUAUUUUGGAUGCUACAGAGGUGCAGCCGUGAACCUCACUCUAGUUACGCCAGAAAAAGCCAUCAAGCUGGCUGCCAAUGACGUCUUCAGACAGAAGCUGUCUAAGGACGGGCAUUUGCCCCUGUGGGGGGAGGUACUGGCAGGGUGUGGGGCUGGGACGUGUCAGGUGGUCGUCACCACUCCCAUGGAGAUGCUUAAGAUCCAGCUGCAGGAUGCAGGAAGGCUCGCUGCCCAGAGGCCUGUUCGAACUCCAGCUCAGGCUGCUGCUCCGGGAUCAGGUCCAGCUCCAUCGUUGGUAGCCCCACCACCGGCGCAACCUCGACCUCGGCCCUCAGCCACCGGCAUCACUGCGGAGCUGCUGAAGACUCGUGGGCUGGCAGGCCUCUACAGGGGAGCAGGAGCCACCUUAAUGAGGGAUGUCCCCUUCUCAAUGAUCUACUUCCCACUGUUUGCCAACCUAAACGCACUGGGCCUUGAAAAAGUGGGUGAUGUGCAGGCCCGGGCGCCAUUCUGGCAGUCGUUUUUGGCAGGCUGCACUGCAGGCUCAGUGGCAGCUGUGGCUGUAACACCACUGGAUGUCAUAAAGACUCGCCUGCAGACCUUGCAAAAAGGUGAGGGAGAGGACACAUACAGAGGAAUCGUUGACUGCACACGGCGCAUCAUGAUGCGAGAGGGCCCAUCAGCAUUCCUGAAGGGUGCAACAUGCCGUGCUCUCGUCAUCGCCCCUCUAUUUGGCAUUGCACAAGGUGUCUACUUUCUCGGGGUAGGGGAGACGGUGCUAGGUUUGCUGGGAUAGCAGUGCUUGGCAUUGGUGGUGGUGGUGGUUGUGUUGUCUCUGCUGCUUUAAUCUGCAGUGAAUGAAUGACACAACUGGGUGAAUGGUGAAUACAGAGAGAGGGGAAAUACGGCCACAAUCUGCUAACCAAAGGAAGACGGGACGGUCUGAGAAAUGAAGAGGCUCUAUUUACUAAUAUGUGAACCGAUGGGUUCACACUAAUCAUGUUUCUCUAGGUUUGUACAUGCUGUUAACAGGGGUCUGGAAGUUCAACAGGGUCCUGUGUAUGUGUGUGACUAAUCUGAGGGUAUGUCUCAAGUUGUCUGGGUUUUCCCGGCAUGCUUGCUGCAAUAUGUCCGGGGCUGUCCUUUCACCUGAGACAGAUUAUUCUGUCUGGUUGUUAAGCGAGAGCUGCUGCAUGUUGUCUGAGGCUGCUAACUUAAAUGCCUACCGAGCUGACCAUUUGUGUGGUCAUGACGAAGAACUGUGCAUCAUCCUAUGUAAGUGACAAAUCCCCUUUUCAAUCUUUAUCAGAAAAUAAGAUUGCAUAACGUUUGAUGUCAGAGUCUGAACUGGCUAUUUUGGUCUGACUUCAAAUGCCAAUUACUUUAGAUUACAAUGUUUGAUGUGUUUCUCUGAAAAAAAAAAGCUUAAUGUCCUUCUGCCUACCCUGUUAUGUGUUCCUCCCACUCCACCCGUGAGGUCUGAGUUGUAAUCUUGGAUUCCCUCAGUGGAUUGGGAGGUGCUGGCUGCCAGAAACUGUAAGGUCAUUUGUUAAUCUGAUGGUAAUGCUUUAAUCCCAGCAUUAGUGUACAAUAUACCCUAACACACAGCUCACUUCCUGCCUAAAGGCCACAGGUUAGACUGCUGGGCCUUUGUCUCAUAGCCUUGACUUCCUAUUCUCCUCACAGCUUGGAAGGGUUUUGGCCCAGGGCUCAUUUUACUUGCUUAGAUACACAUAUAAAUACAUUGCUUCAAAUGAUGUGCGCACAAUAACUAAAAAAAACAUGCAAUUAAAGCCUUAUCAUUGCUGAUAGUUUCUAAAGCAUCAAAACUGUAAGUCUUAAACAAAUUCAGUGGAAUUGGUGGUGUUGAAACAUUGAUUUGGUACUUGAGUCCAACUUAGCGAGGACAAUUCAAUUUGUUGAACCCAUGGAGGGAGUAUGGCACCUUGUCUCGCCAACUGUUUGCCAUUACUGAAGUCCACUGGGUGGCACUAAAAGCUUUUUUUUUUUUUGUUUUUUUUGUUUUUACACAUUUUUAAUGCAAGACACAUUUUGAUGUGGCUAGUGUACCUAGGCUACUACAUUUUCCUCAUUGUAGAGUGAACAUAGCCUGAGUAAACUGUUUGUUUACAAGCUGUAAAUAAAGAUAUCUCAUACAUGCUGA